AAGCGUGUACUUUUUUUUGCAUCACGAGGCAACAAACACAAAGAGAUAGCCAGAGUUUCUCAUCCGGAACCGCUUUUUGGUCUCUUUUUUCAUGUUUGCUCGUUAGAAAACAGCAGCUAAGCUAAGCUGAGACUGUGAUCAUUCAAACGAUCAUUUUUAGGAGCCGGAACGUAGAAAAAAAAAAGAAAAAAAACGGGUUGUUGUAUGCCGCUGCUGGUACCGUAACACGGAAAAGGCCUGUUUGUGCCCCGGAUGUGGUUUCUCUUUGCUAGGGUGAGAGCGGGUGUAGCUUUGUUCAAUUGCUCUUCCCAUAUUUAAAUCGGGGGAGAUCGCCGCGGGGGAAAACGAUAUUUCGAUAUUAAAUACGUGGGCUGUAGUUUUAAAGUUGCACAGUGAAGGAGGCUACCCGUGUUUGAAUCAUGUCGGUAACCCUGCCCAACCGUUCCCAGACAGGCUGGCCCCGCCGCGGACUCAAUCAGUUCGAUAACAAAUACAUGCAGCAGAACAAACCUCUCACGCUGGAGAGGACCAUCAACCUGUACCCGCUGACCAAUUACACUUUCGGCACGAAGGAGCCUCUGUAUGAGAAAGACAGCUCGGUGGCGGCGCGGUUUCAGCGCAUGCGGGAGGAGUUUGACAAAACUGGAAUGAGGCGGACGGUGGAGGGGGUCCUGAUCGUCCACGAGCACAGACUGCCUCAUGUUUUGUUACUGCAGCUGGGGACUACGUUUUUCAAACUACCUGGAGGAGAACUCAACCCCGGGGAAGAUGAAGUGGAAGGACUGAAGCGUCUUAUGACAGAGUUUUUUAACCCACAGAUUCUUGGGCGUCAGGAUGGUGUGCAGCAGGAUUGGGUAAUUGAUGACUGCAUUGGAAAUUGGUGGAGACCAAACUUUGAACCCCCGCAGUACCCAUAUAUUCCUGCUCACAUCACUAAACCUAAGGAACACAAGAAGCUUUUCCUGGUGCAGUUGCAGGAAAAGGCUCUGUUCGCUGUGCCGAAAAACUACAAACUUGUAGCAGCUCCCUUGUUUGAGUUGUAUGAUAACGCCCCAGGCUACGGACCCAUCAUCUCCAGUCUGCCACAGCUUCUUAGCAGGUUCAAUUUUAUUUACAACUGAUCGCCACUUUUCCAGCACACUUGAUUGAUUGAGAAACUGUCUCUGUGAGCACAGCUUCAGAAGAAGAUAUGGAUAAAAGUUCCUUGGAAUGCAAUAACUUUUUUUUUUGUUUGUUAAUUUUGUUACAGCAGUGUAAAGUGUCUCCUUGUUUUAAGAAACUGGUUAAAGUGGAUAAAAAAGUGACUUGUUCUAAAUAAUGGAGUGAAAGGCUUUGUGUUAAACAUUUUUCAGUAUAGCUACCACUUUUGUACUUCAUUAAAACUGUUACCCAAUGCCUGGACAA